CUGUUCACCAAAUCCGUCCCUUAGUUUCUCGGGCUCGACUCCUGUGCAUUGGAACCCACAAUGCGAGUAUCUGUUACUAAACUGAUGAGACAUUCGCAUAGUCUUCUUGUGACUAUGAGUAAACUGUGAGAGCAUUCUGCACUAGCACCUUACCUUCCAACGUCUGCUGGACUAGCCAUAUGCUGACCAAUUAAAUACGCCAGUCAUCGAGCUGAGCUUCGUCGCAGCUGCGAACUUGCCACGCAUCCGCGUUUCAAGACGCCUCAGACCUCGCUUAGCGCCGACAAAAUCUCGCCCGUUUGUCCUUUUCGCCGCCGUCUCCUCUCACCUGCGCGAUGCUCGCCGUUCGGGGCGAUGGCGCCAGGCCAGGGGCGGAGGGCGAUGCUGCCGAUGAUAGUGACACGUGGUGCGCGCGGCUGCAAUUGACGGCGGACAGCGAGUCGAGCGGGCUCUAUGUGCUGUCGCGGUGGGGCGAGGCGGAGUGCGAGCUCACUGCCAGCGACGGCCGCACUGCCUGGACGUGCUGCGUGGAGGAGGAGAGGAUGGGGGAGAAGGCGGAGGCGUGGGGGUUUCAGACGCCAGGUGAAUACAACAGAGACGUGCUCCAAGCGGUUUUAAGACAGCCGCCCUCGGCUCUCCGCAUUACUUGGGGCCGGCGCAGCAAGAGGGCCAGAGCCAAUCAGGAUCAGCCUGCCACGUGGCAGCUCUCCUGGCCAGUGCGCCGCUCGGAUCUGGAGCUGAGAGCGACCCUCGAAUUCAGGGCCGUGGAGGGGGAGGAGCAGCAGAGAGCGGCAGUUGCGGGGAUUCUGGAUAGAGCGCUGACAGUGGCGGCUGCUGCUCAGGCGAGUUGUGGGGUGCAUGGCAUUGUUGGUCAGGCAGAGCAGCAGCGCAGCAGGGAGGCGUGUGAGAGGCUGCUGCGAGAGGCGGACAAGUGCUUGCAGCAGAGCGAUCGGUUCAAGGAGGAGAAGGGCAGACUAGAGGACGAGCUGCUGGGGAAGUUCCUGGCAGUGCUGAACGCGAAGAAGGCAAGAAUCCGAAAGCUGGAGGCCGCUCAAGGGGGGGGCACAGCCGGGGGAACAGGAGGUGGAGGGGCUAAGGGAGGAAGCGCAGGAGGAAAAGGUGCGGCAAGCAUAGGAGGCGCGGGAGGAGCAGGGCGAGCAGGGAAGGGGCGGUGACAGAAUGGGAGCGAGGCGGAGGCAGUGACCUCGGAUGAGAGACAAGGUAGGGCUGGGAAAAGGCUGGGAGACGGCUGUGAGACGGUGGAGAGCAGAGGCAUCAACGGGGCGAGGGGGGAGCAGGGCGAGCGGGGAAGGGGCGGUGAUACAAGGGGAGCGAGGAGGUGGCAACCGCUGAUGAAGCAAGGUGGAGCCGUGAAAGGGCUUUUAUGAGAGAUUUGCGGGGAUUCGAAAUGGCAUGUCGAAAUGGCAUGUCGAAAUGGCAUGUCGAAAUGGCAUGUCGAAAUGGUAUGUCGAAAUGGUAUGUCGAAAUGGUAUGUCGAAAUGGCAUGUCGAAAUGGUAUGUCGAAAUGGCAUGUCGAAAUGGCAUGUCGAAAUGGUAUGUCGAAAUAGUUUUGAGGCGCCUCAAACUAGACUCCUAUCACCUCGGGUGCCACAAGGUGCAGCAGGGAAGGGGGUCUAGUUUUGAGGCACCUCCUAUCACCUUGGGUGCCACAAGAUGCGGCAGUGAAGGGGCUUUUGAGGCGGCUCAAGAGCAGCAGGUGCGAUAAGGUACCGCAGUGGAGAGGGUGCGAGAUUAUGGCAAGUUUUUUCGUCAAUUCAAAAGUCAUUUCGGAGGCAGCAACCUUGGAUGGGAGACAAUGUAGAACGGUGAAAGAGGAUUUUGAGGCGGCUCAAUAACAGCAGGUGCAACAAGGUACAGCAGCGAAAGGGGUGCGAGAUUAUGGGAAGCGAAGGGGGGUGAAGGGGAAAAGUGCAGUGGCUAGGGUGAAGGGAACUAGUUGCGUAUUCCACACCAACAGGAAAACACAACCACUAGUGCGUUCUGUUUCCUGUGGUCUCCUGUUCCACUUUAUAUAUGUAUGUGGUGUGGCCGGCUACGUGUACCAGUAUUUGUGAGGUGGAACGUGUACCUACCUACAUUCCCACAUGAUACUGUGCAGUUGCCAAAUGUAUUUUGAGUCUACUCACCAUUCAGAAAAAGCCAAAAAGCCCCACACCA